AUGGUUUAGGCGCAGGAGAAAAUAGCUUGCCUUUGAAAACAUCUAUAAAUCAAACAAACAACCUUAAUUGAGAUCGUGGAAGAAACUAUAGAACCGCAAAGGGGAAGAAGAAGAAGAGGAGGAAAUGGCAACUGCAGCUUGUCAGAAGCUUCUGGAGUUGAGCACCAAGAUCGUCGCUGUUGGCAGAAACUACGCCGCUCACGCUAAAGAACUAGGCAACGCCGUUCCCAAAGAGCCAGUGUUGUUUCUCAAACCGACGUCGUCUUAUUUGAAAAACGGUGGAACCAUCCAAAUCCCACACAACGAGGGUUCUCUGCAUCAUGAGGUUGAGCUCGCCGUCGUCAUCGCCAAGAAAGCUCGUGACGUGCCCGAAUCUUCUGCCAUGGAUUACGUUGCCGGUUAUGCGCUGGCUUUGGAUAUGACUGCCAGGGACCUUCAAGCUGCUGCUAAGUCUGCAGGUCUUCCAUGGACUUUGGCAAAAGGCCAGGACACUUUCACCCCGAUUAGUUCUAUUCUACCCAAGACUACAGUGCCAAACCCUGAUGACCUAGAAUUAUGGUUAAAGGUAGAUGAGGAAAUUCGGCAAAAGGGCUCAACCAAGGACAUGAUCUUUAAGAUCCCAUUUCUAAUUAGUCACAUAAGCUCUGUCAUGACAUUGUUUGAAGGAGAUGUCAUACUAACUGGCACUCCCCCGGGUGUUGGCCCUGUGAAAGAGGGUCAAACAAUUACUGCGGGUAUUACUGGCCUUGUGGACGUACAGUUUAAUGUUGAAAAAAGGAAAAAGCUAGGAAGUUCUUGAUAAACGCACGAGGGGACUUCAAUUCUGCAGCAGAGAUCUCUUGCCAAGUGGAAACAAAGAGGGGGACACCUUAGGUUUUUAUUUAGAGUUUAGAGUCGAUACACCACUUAUCAGUUUGUUCUCUAAUUAUGGUCAUUGAAUCAGUAUACUAUGGAUCUUGGAGGGAGUGCUAUUUUAGGUUCUUGUCAUGAAAAUGAUAAUAUUCUAUACUAUGGAAAUCGGAAAUUAACGAUUGUGAUGGAGCUCAUGGAUCCGUUCAAUAAAAGGUCUAGAGGUCACUUGAAUUUCUGACGAAGCCAUAACUAUAACUAUAGUGCUACAUAAGCAGCAAUUUUUAUGACACACAUGCAAUUAUAACGGUGGAAAAGUAUGACAUUACCGUAAAAAGAAACAACCAAGAUCAUUAUUUUAACUGUGUUAUGAAAGCAACAGCAGGGAAAGAAAGGUUAGUGCAGGAAAAACUUUUUCCAUUUGUUACCUUGAAUUGGAAGAUGUAAACGUCUUCAGUUAUUAUAUUGUCUAGUGGAGAGAAGGAUUUUAGAAAAUUUUGUGGUUAAAGGACAUGCGAUAUGUUUAAUUGUUUCCACUCCUUUACCCAUGAGCUUGAGUGGUAAACAUUUCAGUGCGUGGGAAAUAAGCUUCUUUCAUCUCCAACAAACCAAAGUACUCGUAUCACUCUCAAUAAAACAUAAGCCUCAAAGAGUUGUGUAGAUAUACAUGCAUACGCACUUUAGCAAAUACGCACACAAAGCAGGAACUGAAGGACAAAGAUGCAAUAGAGCAAGAACAAAGGGAAGCAUGCAUGCCUAACAAGAAGAAGGCAUCCAGAGCAAAUUAGAAUUUUUGAAA